AUGAAUCACAGCGAUGAAACUUCCAAUGGAUUCCACCAAGAGCAUGAAGAAGAUGACGACGAGGUUUACCUCGACGAAGAUGAGUUCCCAGCUGCGUCCGUCACGCUCCUAGACGAGGAUCCUGUCAAAGCCAAAUUCGAGCGCCAUGUCGAAGAGGCUCGAAUACUAUCCAACAACCUACAAGCCUCUGAAUCAAGCGACAAGGCAAGCCAACAGCUCAAAUUCGUCAACGAUAGGUUCGGCGAAUGGCACAACACCACCGAGGAAGGGAAGAACUUUCUUCACUUCCUCGCAGACUACGACCACAGAAUUCACAAACCGCCCGUCAACCUCCAAUGGCUCAUGUGGCGAGCCAUUCGCAAACUCCCAGCACAUCUCCUCUGGUCGCCGGAUAACAACAAGCGCAUUCCUCUGACAAGUGCGCUGUUGGCGAAUAACUCGCUUUUCGGUUGGUCAGUGUGCUUGAAGAUUAAGGAUGCGACGUGUCAAGAGUAUAAUGCUCUGUUGCAGAAGAGAUAUGAGAACUGGGAUGAGAGCAGUGAGACUACUUGCUUGCACGCCGCUGCGACUUGCAUCUUUGACAAUGGAGUCAAGAGAAAAGAGUUCUUCAACAAGAUAUGCGGCUUUGUGCCGAGAGACAUGUUCUUUGUGCGGGACACUAAGCGCCGUACCGCUCUUCAUCGCGCGGUCGAGUAUGAGUGCUGCUGCAACAGUCAAGUCGAGGUGGUAAAGGAGAUCUUACGCUCUUGUCCCGACCUCCUGGAUGAGCCUAUCAAAGAUCCAGAUGACUUCAAUCGCACGUUGUCAGUCUAUCAGUACCACCAUCAUACGCGGAAGAAGUUCCUCGAGAGUCGACGAAGACGUGCUCAGGAUCUAGCCAUCCAAGAGCCCACAGCAGCAGCCCCAAAGAGAGUAGAGCACAAACACGAAAGAGGAGUAGAUCCAAAGAAGGAUGCAAAGAGAAUUGUAACAAGAACGGAAAAGUCAGGCUCGGAAAAGACAAGCAUGGGUCCCCCGCCAGGCGUAAAGCGAAGAGGUUCCAUUGCCGCAACGCCACAAGGUGCUACAACUCCAGUGCAAUCUCCAUCCCUGACACCGAUAGCUCGAGUCAAAACGGUGACAGCAACUCGCUCGGAUGUGGUGCAGAAACCCGGGUCCAAAGAGAAGGAGAUGGAGGACGCAGCGAAGACCAUCAGUAACCUACUGAAACUCGAGACUUUACGGAAACUAAGCCCGGAGAAAGCAGCGGAUAGUCUAAGACUACCGGAUGAUCCGGAUAAAGAGUUCUGGUUUGACUUUGGGCCACCCAAUACAGUCAGCCAAGAUGACUUUAAGAAGUAUUUCGGCCAUUUGCAAUUCGACACGGCACUGCAGUAUGUUGGGUUUCCGAGGGUUCGACUCAAGGGGGGCAGAGAACAGCCGGAUGAUAUGACAUUCUUUUUUGACUGGCUGCGAGGAAAGUCCGUCACUCGGAUCAUCAAGGUUGUUGUCGAAGAUAUGGAACAGCCCUCACACAGUGACGAGGCGAUCGAGGAGUGCUUGAAGGAUCUGGGCGUCGAAAUUCUUGAUUGGAGACGUUUGGAUCUCGAUGCACUCUCCCUUCGCAAGAUUGGGACUCAUCUACGUGAGGUUCACCUCCAAUGGAGUGGCAGCAACUCGACUCUCAGAGCUUGGUCCGAGAAGGAGGGUCUAGCUUCAAUUCCUACACUAGAAGUCAUUCACUUGUUCCAGCAUGAAGGCCUCGAGUCCCGUGAACGAACUAUAGAGAAUCUCAACGCCUUCGAGAGAAGACUACACGACUCCUGGCCCGAAGGAAGACCCAAACCCCAAGUUAUCCCCCCUAAAACAGGCGGCGGCGUGCGCAUGGCACAAGUGCAAGUCCCCGAUGCAAGACCUCAACCGUUACAGCGCUCGAUCGACCCUCACAAAUGGAUGGAAUGUAUGAUGAGCUUCACCAAGAGUUUUAAGCAGAUCAAAGCUCUCAGAAGUAAUAAUUCUUCUCUACCGCCGGUGGAAGUGGCGCUGAUCGACGAUGGUGUUGAUAUCAUGCACCCUGAUCUUAACGACACCAGAGAUCGUACCUUUCUGGGACAGAGCUUUGAUCACCAAACUGGAGGGUCAACACCCCGCGUUCCACCGUACUGGAGUUCACCUUCUGGGCAUGGGACGUUAAUGGCAAGGCUUAUUCACAAGAUUUGCCCUAGUGCUAUUAUACAUGUCAUCAAGCUACAGACAUUUUGGUCAGGGAAUUCCAAGAAGCUUCAGAUCAAACCUGACAGUGCAGUAAAGGCUAUCAACUACGCGGCAAAGAGAGGAUCCCAGAUCAUCUGCAUGUCAUGGACCAUCAAACCCCCAGAAGAACCACUAAGAAGCCAAUUCGACACAGCUAUCUUCAACGCCAUCGGUAAACACGGCUGUCUCAUAUUCUGCGCCGCUAGUGAUCAAGGACAAUCCGCAGACGUCAGCUAUCCCCAUGCAAGCAGCCAUAACUGCUUCCGAAUCGGCGCCGCAAAAGCAACCGGCAACAUAGUCGACACAGUAGGCGAUUCACAAACAGUAGAUUUCAUCUUUCCCGGUCACGAAGUCGUAAUCGACAGCAACGAAACCAAAACUCAACUGCAAAAAUUCGACGCUCACUCUGGUAGUUCUGUCGCCAACGGGUUAGCAGCAGGUCUAGCAGCGCUCGUGAUCGAGUGCGUGAGACUAGGAGCCCUAUACACCAGAGAGUAUAGAAAGUUGGAGCCCAAGGUUGCGAUUAACUACAGUCAUAUUUCUAUCGAUGAAGAGGAUUUGAAGAAGAUACGGACUCGUGCGCAGAUGGCGUAUGCGUUGAAUUGGAUUGGAACUAAUCAGAAUACGAAUAAUAAGUAUAUAGAGGUUUGGCAUACGUUUAGUGGUGUUGCGGAGAAGUUGUCGAGGAGUGAGGGUGUUUCGCUUGAGCAGCUGGAACAUAUUGCCACGCUCGCUGGGUUCUUCCUCAAGAAGGGAAUGUAG